GGCACAUACGUAAUUUCUUAAAUUUGAACGGUCCCCCGGGAAUCCCUCUCUAUAUCUUCUUCCCGAUCUGCACACCCCCUCCAUCGAUCCAUGAAAUCGAUUCCACCACCACUCGAUUCUCCAAUUUCUUAUUAUUCUCAACCCACCGCCAUGCUUAACCCCAUUUGAUUUCCCAUCCUUACGCUAUGUCGGUACAUAUUCCACUUUUAUUCUUCUGUUUCCUACAAAUUACAAACCAACUUUGAGAGUUCUCAAUUGUUAAGAAUUCUUCGGUUAUCAUCAUGUCGUCAAUUGUUGCAAGAACCGGUCGUCAUCUUCAGCGUUACGACAACAAUCUCCGCCUUGUUUCCGGGUGUAUUCCUUUCAGACUGACCAAACCUAAAGACCAGGACAAAAUAGAAGUAUUAAUGGUAUCUUCACCAAACCGUGAUGACAUGGUAUUCCCUAAGGGUGGAUGGGAGAGUGAUGAGACUGUCGAAGAAGCUGCGUGUCGUGAAGCUCUAGAGGAAGCUGGAGUAAGAGGAGUUAUUAAAGGAAACUCCCUUGGAGAGUGGGAAUUUAGAAGUAAAAGCAAACAAGAGGCCUGUAGCGAGGAAGGGGGAUGCAAGGGAUACAUGUUUGUAUUGGAAGUCACCGAAGAGCUUGAAACAUGGCCCGAACAAAAUAACCGCAAUAGAAAAUGGGUGACGAUUGAAGAAGCGUUUGUAGUUUGUCGGUACGAGUGGAUGCGCAAUGCGCUAGAAGAAUUUGUAAAAGUGAUGGAAAAGGGAGGCAACAAAAGGGAACAUGAAAUGGUUGUAGAAAUCAAAGAAGAAGAGAAGCCAGUAAAACAAGAAGAUGAAGACUGUCAGUUAAUGUCAACAAAUUGCCAUGUUAGUGGACCUAUGACUACUUCCUACGGCGUCAUGCUUCCUGCUAGCAUUUUCCUGUAGUUUGGGCGCACCUGAUGCUUGUAAAAAGCUCUGUAUCUAUCUUGUUAAUGAACGAGUAAGAAAAACGAUACUCGAAUCUCUUACUGUUUCCAUUGCACAUAAUUUAAGCAGUGUAUAUCCCAUUAGAGACUGCAAGAUUAUCAUGUGGUGUAUGGCUGAAACUUCUUGUGUUUGAAAUUCUAAUCAAAGUUGUAGAGUAUGGAAUGCAAUAUAUUGUAGCA